AUGAGGGAUCCCACUACCGAUAUGGAACAAAAUUCACAGCAAACGACCAACGGGUCGACGGCCUCGCGUCGCAACCCGCAUAAAUCGGUCCGCGUCGCGUUUGGACCUGAUUUAGAGACGACGAUUCCCACCCGCGAAAGAUCUCCAGCUCCGUUGAGUGGCCAUCAUCGUUCGCUCACGGCAGUUGAACACAAGCAACCUACACUGACGCCACACGGGCGCCCAAUUAGCUCAUCGGGAGACAACGGUGCCGUCGGAGAGAUCCCACCCCGCCGCCCAUCGCCUCGGAGAUCAGAGAGUAGCCGACCGGCUAUGCUGAAGAGAGCCAAAAGUGACUAUGGACCAAGUCGGAUAACCUUCGACAAAGCGGCAGGCGAUGACGAUGAAGAUUUUGCCAUGCGACAUGGAUGGCAGGAGGAAUAUACAUCCAGUGAAUAUCUUAAGAUCUUGCACUCGAAUUUCUACAUGUAUUUCACCGAGAAACGCCACGAGACCAAUGGCAUCCCCAGGGAUCCGGUGGGGAGUUGGCCAAGUCAGGAUUGGCGCAUGAAAGAUCGCCUCAAAACCGUAUCUGCGGCUCUGGCCAUCUGCCUGAACAUCGGGGUCGACCCUCCCGAUGUGGUCAAAACCAAUCCAACAUCAAAGCUUGAAUGCUGGGUAGACCCCACUUCUACCACAGGUGGUGGUCAAAACAAGAUCAUGGAGCAGAUCGGCAAGAAACUACAGGAGCAAUAUGAGACUUUGAGUCUUCGGACAAGAUACAAACAGUAUCUGGAUCCAUCAGUUGACGAGACUAAGAAAUUCUGCAUCUCACUUCGCCGAAAUGCCAAGGACGAGCGAGUUCUUCUACAUUACAAUGGACACGGAGUGCCGUUGCCAACUCAAUCGGGUGAAAUCUGGGUUUUCAACAAGAACUAUACCCAGUAUAUCCCCGUCCCACUGUAUGAUUUGCAGUCUUGGCUAGCUGGGCCUAGUCUUUUUGUCUUUGAUGUUUCACAUGCGGGCAACAUCGUCCAAAAUUUCCACACUUUUGUGGAGAAGCAUGAGAAAGAGAAUGUUGAAACUAAGAAACGAGACCCGAAUGCCGUCAUUCAGAAUUAUGGUGACUGCAUCCUUCUAGCUGCGUGCCAGAAGACGGAGUCCCUUCCGACCAAUCCCGACCUACCUGCAGAUCUGUUCACAUGUUGCUUGACGACACCGAUUGAAAUCGCAUUGCGCUUUUUCAUCUUGCAGAACCCUUUACGCACAAACAUUUCCAUUGACGACUUCCGAGUUCCCGGUCGACUUCAAGAUCGUCGAAGCCCUCUCGGAGAACUGAAUUGGAUCUUCACUGCAAUUACCGAUACUAUUGCAUGGAACACCUUACCUCGGGCUUUGUUCAAGAAGCUCUUCCGACAGGAUCUAAUGGUCGCCGCUCUUUUCCGCAACUUUUUGCUCAGUGAACGCAUCAUGCGCACAUACAAAUGCCAUCCGAUAUCUUCUCCUGAAUUGCCAGACACACACCAUCACCCUCUAUGGAAAAGCUGGGACCUUGCAGUUGAGAUGGUCUUGUCUCAGCUACCUGCUCUCAUUGAUCAAGAAGAAGGGCGCCGGCAGUAUGAGUACCAACACUCGACUUUCUUCGCUGAGCAACUCACUGCUUUUGAGGUGUAUCUCUCGUCCGGCCCUACGGAGAAGAAUCCACCAGAUCAGCUUCCUAUUGUCCUUCAAGUCCUCCUGAGUCAGGCACAUCGCUUGCGGGCCUUGAUUCUUCUAAGUAAAUUCCUCGACCUCGGCCCAUGGGCUGUCCAUCUUGCACUCAGCAUUGGCAUCUUCCCCUAUGUUGUUAAGUUGCUGCAAUCAGCAGCGCAAGAAUUGAAACCAGUUAUGGUCUUCAUUUGGGCGAGAAUCAUGGCAGUCGACCACACUGUACAAAAUGAUCUACUCAAAGACAACGGCAUCCACUACUUUAUCUCAAUUCUGAAUCCUUCUUCGCCCAUUCCUGUGGGAAAUGCCAGCGAACACAGGGCCAUGUGUGCUUUCAUAGUCUCGAUCUUCUGCAAAAACUAUCCCCAAGGACAGAACGUCUGCCUAUCUGGUGAGUUGUUUGAUUCGUGCCUCAGACAUCUCGGCGACGUGGAAAAUCCCUUGCUACGGCAAUGGUCUUGUCUGUGUCUCAGUAUGCUCUGGUGUGAUUUCCCCGAAGCGAAGUGGAUGGGCAUUCGAUGUGCAGCCCCCGCCAGGCUCUGCGAGUUGAAUUUUGACCCCGUACCCGAAGUUCGCGCUGCCAUGCUUCACGCUGUGACUACGUUCUUAGGAAUUCCAGAUCUGACAGACCAAGUUGCACAAAUCGAGGAAACACUAGCCUUGGCAGUCUUGCCCAUGUCUGCCGAUGGAAGUGUGGUUGUAAGGAAGGAGCUUUUGGUGUUCUUCUCAACCUUCGUCAGACGCCACCAAAACAAGUUUUUGGUCGCAGCUUUUGAGGAGCUUGAGGAAGAAAAGCGGUCUGUGAUUCAGCGCUGGGAGAGCGAAACCUCUCAGGCUAGCCGCUCCGAAGGACAGACUGGAGCACUAGUUUCUCAUGCAACAAUUCCCCAGCUAUCUCGCAAUACGACUUUUGGGACUAUCUGGAAGCAGCUUCUAGCUCUCUCAGUUGACCCUCAUCCUGAUAUCGCCCAGGAUGCUGCCGUCAUCGUUGAUUACAUCCACCUUGCCUUGUUGGAAUCUCCAAUGGCGCCACUAACUGACAAGCUUCAGAACGAGAUUCUGGAAAUUACGGGCUUGGCGAAAUUACAAUCUCGCGAGCGAACUGAGGCAAAGAAAACCGCGCCACCCUCUACACCUCCCAUGUCUGGAGCGGCAGCCCCCAAACAAGAAGGUUAUCUUUCUUUGGGCUUUAGACGAACUGCCAGCGUCGCUGCUUCCCUCAAAAACCUCGCUUUUGGCAAUUCAACACCAGGAGACCCAUCUUCAGAUAACUCGAACCCUCCUUCGCCUUCAACUAGCCGUAUGACCAUUACCCCACGCGGUCGGGCCCCUCCUGAGUGGACCCGACCCCCGGAAGGAAAUGAUCAUGUUGCUCCCGCAACGGCAUACCACCAGGCUCCGAUCCCCACAUCCCGAGGGUUCGAACCCAAAGGCUUAGAUGCCGUGCCGAUUGUUCCCCUGAAGAGUAGAUUUCUAGACUGGUCCACUGAGUAUUUCCGGGAGCCCCAGAUGAAACCGAACGAGCCGGAUGAGCCCGGGAGCUCUGACUACAACCAGCGCCUCUGGAGACGCGGCCGCAACGAAAAGAUAAUUGCCGAGACCCAACCACUCAAAGGAAAAGCUGGAGCGAGCCGGUGGGAUAACUCGGUUGCUUUGCUAUCGAAUGGGAGCCAGCCCCACAAGAUGUGCUUCCAUCAAUUCGAGGAUCACCUUGCUGUCGCAGAUGACCGGGAUACUAUCUCAAUUUGGGACUGGCAGAGCCACAAACGCCUCAGCCAAUUCUCAAAUGGCAAUCCGGUCGGGUCAAAGAUCAACGAAGUUCGAUACAUCAAUGAGGACGACCAGGCACUACUUAUGACUGGAUCUUCUGACGGUGUGAUCAAACUUUUCCGUCAUUACGAAAAUAAUAAGAAAAUUGAAGUUGUCACAGCCUUCAGAGCCCUCCCUGAACUAAUUCCAAGCAAUCGCAAUGCAGGCCUAGUACUUGAUUGGCAGCAAGGUCAGGGUAAAGCUCUGGUUGCAGGUGAUGUCAAGGUUAUCCGCGUCUGGAAUGCUGCUACUGAGGUGUGCACAAACGACAUUCCAGCACGAUCGGGUUCCUGCAUCACAUCCUUGACAUCUGACCAAGUAGCAGGUAACAUCUUCGUUGCUGGUUUUGGUGACGGUGCUGUCCGGGUCUUUGAUCAACGGUUAAAGCCAACCACGUCCAUGGUCAAAGUCUGGCGUGAGCACAAGCAAUGGAUUACAAAUGUCCAUAUGCAGCGUGGUGGCUUGCGAGAACUGAUAUCAGGUGGCCGAAAUGGUGAGGUCCGACUUUGGGAUAUUCGCAUGGAUAGCCCGAUCUCCACCAUCUAUGCUACCAAAGACACCCUGCGGACCUUGAGUGUUCACGAGCACGCUCCUGUCUUCAGCAUGUACGUUUCCUCCGCCGCAGUAUUUUAG